GAGAGAGAGAGAGAGAGGGAGAGAGCGACCAGAGUGUCUGCUGGGAAGUCUCAGAAGGUUGUGCAGGAUUUCACAUGGCUGUUUGUCCUCAGCAUGUAAAAGCACAUUUACUUGGUCUGACUUUUGCUUGAGGAGAACGUGGAUGGAUGUUGUGACAGCAGCAGGAUGGAGAGCUUUGUUUGGAUUCUUCUGAAAGGCAUCUUUUGUUUGUUGGUUCUUGGGCACCACAAGACGAACAGCAACUUCAUUUCUGGCAAGACAUCCACCGAACUUGACGGAAAACACAAUAAUCUGCUGCAAACAAGGAGUCUGGUUCAGAAUGUCAAACCUACAAUUAAUCCUUUCAUCCCUUCAUCAAAGAAGGGGCUUUAUGACAUACUUCGAGGACACACCCACUCACAUUCCAAUUUCUCCUUAAAAACUCAGCUCCGCCCCAUCAUGAAUGUUCACAGCACGUCUAAAUUUUCCAGGAUGUUUAGUUGGGGAGACUUUUACUCAAAUAUCAAGACCGUCAAACUGAAUUUGCUGAUAAUGGGAAAGAUCGUAGAUCACGGCAACGGCUCUCUCGGAGUCUAUUUCCACCAUAACUCCACAGGUGUGGGCAACGUAUCCGUCAGCCUCGUCCCGCCGCUGAAAGAGGUGGAGUUCGAUCUGGAACGCCAAAGCGUGGUCAACCCCAAAGACUCCAAGACGUUCAGCUGUAGAGUGGACUACGAGAAAACGGAACGCAGCAAGAAGGUGAUGCUGUGCAACUACGACCCGUCAAAGACGUGCGCUCGGGAACAGACUCAGAACCACGUGAUCUGGAUGUGUUCCAAACCCUUUCAGGUCAUUUGCAUCUAUGUGUCCUUCUACAGUACGGACUACAGGCUGGUUCAAAAAGUCUGUCCGGACUAUAGCUACAAGAACCAUGGAGGUCACAUGUCAAAAGGUCAAACUUAAGCCACUGUUGAAUCUAUGCAGAUGAUGUGACAUUUAAUCAAAGGGUCGAUGGUACGUCAAUGAAUCUUUAAGACACUAUGAGUCAUAAGUUGCACAAGUACCCCCAAGCCUGGAAUAAGCGUGAUGUAUUAUCUCAUCUGUCAUAUUAAACAAAUUUGUCUGAAAAAUGCAAACUAUAAAUAGAAAUAGAGACAGAUUUCGUGCAUUAUGCUAUACUCAAGACAACCAUGGACUGUACUGUGUAUCUUGACAUUUUGUCAUAUUCUCUUGUUCAUUUCAUAACACUACAUUGUAUGUUGUGCAAAAGACUAAAUUAAAUCCAACCAGCCUGAA